AUGCAUCUUCACGGGCGGUUACCUGGCGAUUGGGGAGCGCUCCAUCGGUGGCCUGCUGCGAUCCACCUAGUUUCUCGCGCUGAGAAAGGCCCAGACAGGAGUGUUACUUUUAUUGUCGUUGCCGUCAUUGUCUUCGUCGUCGUGGUCAUCUCGGCGGUGGCCCUAUGGACCAAACGCAGAAGGAAGCAGCACCGUGCCACGGGACAAACACCACAAUCCACAAAUCGCUGGGCUAGGCUGAACCCCUUCAAAUCAAAAGGCAGUCGCUAUCAAACAGCACACGAUGGCGAAAGCGCCGAGCUGAAUCCGACAUCGACGCGAGCGAACCGCAACAACGAACAAGGAUCACAGGGAGAAACGGCUGGGGCAACAGUCGACCGAAACACUUCAAUCAGAUCGAUUCUCACCCUUCCCGCCUACAGACAAGCCGCGUCACAUACAGAGCAAGUCAUCGGCCGAGAAGGCGAGCGGGAUGGCGUGGACGUGGUUGUCGACUUCCCCACCGAGCAGGAUGAAGAGGCUCUACGCGAGCAGGAGAUGAGCGCGCUCUAUCAACUCCGGGAGACGAGGAGACAACAGCAUGCGGAGCGAGACGAGAUGCGACGAUUGCGACGCGAAGCCCAGCAGAGGAACGACUCGGCAACGCUGGCGGAACUGCGCAGCCGAGCACGAAUCGCCAGCAACAGUCACCAGAGCUUAGUCGAUGAACUCCGCCGAGACAUUGAUCAUGCGAAGGAGAAUCGACAAAGAUCUACCUCCAGCGUGUCGUAUGCAGAUCUCGGUGUUGCUCAUCAUGACGAUAUUGGAGAAUCUGAUGUGGCCAAUGAGAACAUGCCGCCGCCCGAAUACGAAGAUGUCUCACUCAACGACGAUGAUUACAGUAGCUUGGGGCAUGCGCGAGACUCGACGCAUGAGUCACCACCGGACUACCCCGGACCCCUUCGCUCAGACUCGCAGCGCACUUACAGCAGCGGGCAGGCACCUGCAGACGCCGUAGGCACCACCGGCCGCCAGUCAUUAAGGAUGAGCACAGGUCGUGGGGUUGGCGGCGCACCUCAACUGCCCAGUUUGAGGAUAGGGCGGCUUCCCGAGAUUCGGAUCGAGCCGUCGAGCGCCGUUCCUCAACCUGAAGACGAUGAUUCGGGGCGGGAGACCUCGGAACGCCAGCCCCAGAGGUAG